AUGGCGGAUGUUACUGCCCGUAGCUUGCAGUAUGAGUACAAGGCGAACUCCAAUCUUGUACUUCAAGCGGAUCGUUCUUUGAUAGACCGAACUCGUCGCGAUGAGCCCACUGGAGAGGUGUUAUCGUUGGUGGGGAAGUUGGAGGGGACCCGAAUGGGUGACAAGGCUCAAAAAACCAAACCACAAAUGCAAGAAGAAAGGCGGGCUAAGAGGAGAAAACGAGAUGAAGAUAGACAUGACAUAAACAAGAUGAAGGGAUUCACCCUCUUGUCAGAAGGCAUUGAUGAAAUGGUGGGAAUUAUAUACAAACCCAAAACCAAAGAGACCCGUGAGACAUAUGAAGUCCUACUCAGCUUCAUUCAGGCUGCUUUAGGAGAUCAGCCCCGAGAUAUCCUAUGUGGUGCAGCAGAUGAGGUUUUGGCAGUACUAAAGAAUGACAAACUGCGAGAUAAAGAUAGGAGACGAGAAAUAGAACAACUCCUGGGACAAACUGAUGACACACGUUACCAUGUGCUGGUUAACUUGGGCAAAAAGAUUACAGAUUACGGAGGAGACAAAGAAAUUCAGAAUAUGGAUGACAAUAUAGAUGAGACAUAUGGGGUCAAUGUGCAGUUUGAGUCUGAUGAAGAGGUUGGAGAUGAAGAUGUGUAUGGAGAGGUGAGAGAUGAGGCUUCCGAUGAUGAUAUGGAUGGAGAUGAAGCUGUUGUGCAUGGGACACUCUCAGCCAAUCUUGUAUCAUCUGGAGAGCUCAUGAGUACUAAGAAAAAGGAUCUUCACCCUCGUGAUAUUGAUGCUUUCUGGUUGCAAAGGCAGCUUAGCAGAUUUUAUGAUGAUGCCAUAGUCUCCCAGAAGAAGGCCGAUGAGGUUCUGGAAAUCUUAAAGACUGCAGGAGAUGACCGUGAAUGUGAAAAUCAGUUGGUCUUGCUGCUGGGAUUUAACACUUUUGACUUCAUUAAAAUUUUGAGGCAGCACCGUAUGAUGAUUUUGUACUGUACACUCUUGGCUAGUGCUCAAAGUGAAGCAGAAAAAGAGAGGAUUAUAAAUAAAAUGGAGGCAGACUCAGAACUGUCCAAAUAUCUGUACCAACUGCAGGAGACUGAAAAGGAGGAUCUGAUUCGGGAGGAACGUACGCGUCGUGAGAGGGUGAGACAGUCGCGUGUUGACACUGAUUUGGAAAGUAUGGAGUUGGAGCAAGAUAACUUCACUCCUCGUCAAGUUUUGGAUUUGGAAGAUUUGGUCUUUGCUCAAGGUAGUCACUUCAUGGCCAAUAAGCGCUGUCAACUGCCAGAUGGCUCAUUCAGGCGUCAAAGGAAAGGUUAUGAGGAAGUGCAUGUACCGGCCCUCAAACCAAAACCAUUUGCUUCUGAUGAGCAACUAGUGCCUGUUGAGAAACUACCAAAAUAUGCCCAAGCUGGAUUUGAUGGUUUUAAGACUUUGAACAGAAUACAGAGCAAACUCUUUAAAGCUGCAAUGGAAACUGAUGAGAAUCUGCUUCUAUGUGCCCCUACCGGAGCUGGAAAAACAAACGUAGCUCUAAUGUGUAUGCUGCGGGAAAUUGGGAAGCACAUAAAUGUGGAUGGCACAAUCAAUGUGGACAACUUUAAAAUUAUUUACAUUGCACCCAUGCGAUCCUUGGUACAGGAAAUGGUGGGAAGUUUCAGCAAGAGGUUGUCUACGUAUGGUAUCACAGUAGCUGAGCUGACUGGUGAUCACCAGCUGUGUAAGGAAGAGAUAAAUGCCACCCAAAUUAUUGUCUGCACACCAGAGAAAUGGGACAUCAUCACCCGUAAAGGAGGAGAACGAACUUACACUCAACUUGUUCGCCUAAUAAUCCUGGAUGAGGUCCACCUUUUGCAUGAUGACCGAGGUCCUGUGCUAGAGUCUCUCGUUGCCCGAUCUAUUCGUAACAUAGAAAUGUCACAGGAAGAUGUUAGGUUGGUUGGUCUUAGUGCCACUCUGCCGAACUAUGAGGAUGUGGCCACCUUCCUUCGUGUGGACCCUGCCAAAGGACUUUUCUACUUUGAUAACAGUUUUCGACCAGUACCUCUGGAGCAGACGUAUGUUGGUAUCACAGAGAAAAAGGCUAUUAAACGUUUCCAGAUCAUGAAUGAAAUUGUAUAUGAGAAGAUAAUGGAGCAUGCUGGGAAAAACCAGGUGCUGGUGUUUGUCCAUUCUAGGAAAGAAACUGGUAAGACAUCCAGAGCCAUCAGGGACAUGUGUCUGGAAAAGGAUACGUUGGGUCUUUUCUUGCGGGAGGGAUCUGCAUCUACUGAGGUGCUUCGUACAGAGGCUGACCAAUGCAAAAACUUGGAGUUGAAAGACCUCCUGCCAUAUGGUUUUGCCAUUCACCAUGCAGGAAUGAGUCGCGUAGAUAGAACUCUGGUGGAGGAUCUGUUUGCAGACAAGCAUAUUCAGGUUCUGGUUUCCACCGCUACACUGGCCUGGGGUGUCAAUCUCCCAGCUCACACUGUCAUAAUCAAAGGGACUCAGAUAUACAGUCCAGAAAAGGGCAGAUGGACUGAGUUGGGUGCACUGGAUAUCCUUCAGAUGCUGGGUAGAGCUGGGCGUCCUCAGUAUGACACAAAGGGUGAAGGUAUCCUUAUCACAUCUCAUGGAGAGCUGCAGUAUUAUCUGUCCCUGCUUAACCAGCAGUUACCUAUUGAAAGUCAAAUGGUGGCUAAACUCCCAGACAUGCUGAAUGCAGAGGUGGUCCUGGGAAAUGUGCAGACUGCUAAGGAUGCUGUGAACUGGCUGGGUUACACUUACUUGUACAUACGUAUGCUCCGUUCACCCAAUCUGUAUGGAAUUUCCCAUGAUGAUCUGAAAUCUGACCCCUUAUUGGAACAGAGGCGGCUAGAUUUGAUCCACACAGCAGCUCUUAUGCUGGAUAAGAACAAUUUGCUGAAGUAUGAUAAGAAGAUGGGCAAUUUCCAGGUGACUGAAUUAGGCCGUAUUGCCAGUCACUACUACAUCACCAAUGACUCUAUGCAGACAUAUAACCAGCUACUAAAGCCAACUCUCAGUGAGAUCGAGCUGUUCCGUGUCUUUUCAUUGUCUUCUGAGUUUAAGAAUAUCACAGUCAGAGAGGAAGAGAAGUUGGAGCUGCAGAAGCUGCUGGAAAGGGUACCCAUACCUGUAAAGGAGAGCAUAGAGGAGCCAAGCGCUAAGAUCAAUGUCUUGCUUCAGGCCUUCAUAUCACAGCUGAAACUGGAAGGUUUUGCCCUAAUGGCAGACAUGGUGUAUGUCACACAGUCUGCAGGUCGACUCAUGCGAGCAAUAUUUGAAAUAGUACUAAACAGAGGAUGGGCACAACUCACAGACAAAACUUUAAACCUCUGCAAGAUGAUCGAUAAGAGAAUGUGGCAGUCCAUGUGUCCUCUUCGCCAGUUCAAGAAACUACCAGAGGAAGUGGUGAAGAAAAUUGAAAAGAAAAACUUCCCUUUCGAGCGUUUAUAUGAUCUGAAUCAUAAUGAAAUAGGUGAGCUGAUCCGAAUGCCGAAAAUGGGAAAGACCAUACAUAAAUAUGUUCAUUUAUUCCCCAAGCUGGAUCUAUCUGUGCACUUACAGCCCAUCACUCGUUCCACUUUAAAAGUAGAGCUGACAAUAACCCCUGACUUCCAGUGGGAUGACAAGGUUCAUGGAUCUUCUGAAGCUUUCUGGAUUCUGGUGGAAGAUGUUGACAGUGAAGUGAUUCUGCAUCAUGAAUAUUUCCUUCUCAAAGCUAAAUAUGCCCAGGAUGAGCAUCUUGUUACAUUCUUUGUGCCAGUGUUUGAGCCACUUCCUCCACAAUAUUUUAUCCGAGUUGUGUCGGACCGCUGGCUGUCCUGUGAGACACAACUUCCAGUCUCUUUCCGCCACUUGAUCUUGCCUGAGAAAUACCCACCACCUACAGAAUUGCUGGACCUUCAGCCCCUGCCUGUCUCUGCUUUGAGAAACAGUGCAUUUGAGAGCCUUUAUCAGGACAAAUUCCCAUUUUUUAAUCCCAUACAAACCCAAGUCUUUAACACCAUAUAUAACAGUGAUGACAAUGUGUUUGUGGGAGCCCCUACUGGCAGUGGGAAGACUAUAUGUGCUGAAUUUGCCAUCCUUCGAAUGCUGCUGCAGAACUCAGAGGGGCGCUGUGUUUAUAUCACUCCUAUGGAGGCUUUGGCUGAGCAGGUGUUCAUGAAUUGGUUUGAGAAGUUCCAGGACAGGCUGUAUAAGAAGGUCGUCCUGCUGACGGGUGAGACUAGCACAGAUUUGAAAUUAUUGGGAAAAGGUAACAUCAUUAUUAGCACUCCAGAGAAGUGGGACAUACUUUCCCGAAGAUGGAAGCAGCGAAAAAAUGUGCAGAAUGUUAGCUUGUUUAUUGUGGACGAGACCCAUCUCAUUGGAGGAGCAAACGGGCCUGUGCUGGAGGUCAUCUGUUCCCGUAUGCGCUAUAUCUCCUCUCAAAUCGAAAGGCCAAUCCGCAUUGUGGCUCUCAGUUCCUCCUUGUCCAAUGCUAAAGAUGUGGCUCACUGGCUGGGAUGCAGUGCCACGUCAACUUUCAACUUCCAUCCCAACGUGAGACCUGUCCCAUUAGAAUUGCACAUACAGGGAUUUAACAUCAGUCACACCCAGACAAGAUUGCUCUCCAUGGCCAAGCCUGUGUACCAUGCCAUAGUGAAACACUCACCUAAGAAACCCAUUAUUGUUUUUGUUCCAUCAAGAAAACAAACUCGGCUCACAGCUAUUGACAUCAUAAAUACAUGUUCCUCUGAUGUGCAGCGACAAAGGUUCCUGUAUUGCACAGAGAAGGAUCUGGCUCCAUACCUUGACAAAUUGAGUGAUAACACUUUGAAAGAGACUCUUCUGAAUGGUGUGGGUUAUCUGCAUGAGGGUCUCUCAUCUUUGGAGAGGCGAAUCGUCGAGCAGCUCUUUAACUCAGGGGCAGUACAGGUAAUUGUAGCUUCUCGCAGUCUUUGCUGGGGUCUGAACAUUGCCGCUCACCUGGUCAUCAUCAUGGACACUCAGUACUAUAAUGGGAAAAUUCAUGCUUAUGUGGACUACCCCAUCUAUGAUGUUCUUCAGAUGGUAGGGUACGCUAACAGGCCCUUGCAGGAUGAUGAGGGGCGAUGCGUCAUCAUGUGUCAAGGGUCAAAGAAGGAUUUCUUUAAGAAGUUUCUGUAUGAGCCUCUGCCUGUGGAAUCUCACUUGGAUCACUGCUUACAUGACCACUUCAAUGCAGAAAUUGUCACCAAGACCAUAGAGAACAAACAGGAUGCUGUGGAUUAUCUGACCUGGACAUUCUUGUACAGAAGAAUGACACAGAACCCCAACUACUACAAUCUGCAGGGUGUUUCCCACAGACAUCUGUCAGAUCACUUGUCAGAACUGGUGGAACAGACACUCAGUGACCUAGAACAGUCCAAGUGCAUUAGCAUUGAGGAUGAAAUGGACGUGGCCCCGCUUAAUCUGGGCAUGAUUGCAGCCUAUUAUUACAUCAACUACACCACUAUUGAGCUCUUCAGCAUGUCUUUGAAUGCCAAGACAAAGGUACGAGGAUUGAUCGAGAUUAUUUCAAAUGCUGCAGAGUAUGAAAGUAUACCCAUCCGUCACCGGGAGGAUAACCUGCUGCGCCAGUUGGCACAGAAAGUCCCCCACAAACUGACCAAUCCAAAAUUCAACGACCCCCAUGUGAAGACCAACCUUCUGCUCCAGGCUCACCUCUCCCGCAUGCAGCUGAGUGCAGAGCUCCAGUCAGACACAGAAGAGAUCCUUAGUAAGGCAAUCCGACUUAUCCAGGCAUGUGUGGAUGUGCUCUCCAGUAAUGGCUGGCUCAGUCCAGCUCUCGCUGCUAUGGAACUGGCACAAAUGGUCACACAAGCUAUGUGGUCUAAGGACUCUUACCUAAAACAGCUGCCACACUUCACUUCUGAGCACAUCAAGAGAUGCACAGAUAAGGGAGUGGAAAGUGUGUUUGAUAUCAUGGAGAUGGAAGAUGAAGAUCGCACAGAACUGCUGGAACUCACUGAUUCCCAGAUGGCAGAUGUAGCCCGUUUCUGUAACCGCUAUCCUAAUAUUGAGUUGUCUUAUGAGGUGGCAGAGAGAGACUCUAUUAGGAGUGGUGGUGCCGUUGUGGUGCUUGUGCAACUGGAACGAGAGGAAGAAGUUACAGGUCCUGUAAUUGCUCCCUUAUUCCCCCAGAAACGUGAAGAAGGUUGGUGGGUUGUAAUUGGUGAUGCCAAAUCCAACAGCCUAAUCUCCAUCAAGAGGCUGACAUUACAGCAGAAAGCUAAGGUAAAACUGGACUUUGUGGCUCCAGCCACAGGAACACACAAUUAUACGUUGUACUUUAUGAGUGAUGCUUACAUGGGCUGUGACCAGGAGUAUAAGUUCAGUGUAGAUGUGAAAGAGGCAGAGAGCGACAGUGACUCUGAUUAA